AUGGCACGCUGGCUGCUGCCCGUGACGGCGAGUGUGGCGCUGCUGGCCGCCCUCCUGCCCGCGCCCGCUGUCGCGCUGCCCUGCGCCAUCUGCACGCUUGGCUGCCCGGAACUCAACUGCCCGCACGGGAUCGGCGUGCGCACCGGACCUUGCGACUGCUGCCCGCCCUGCGCGAUCGCCACGGGGCAGCCCUGCAAGCUGCCCUUCUCGUGCGCGCCCGGCCUGAUCUGCGCGCCACUCGGCGGCAAGAACAAGAACCAGAAGUUCUGCCUGCCGGCCGCCGGGUCGCGCCGACGCCGUUCCGGGUGGCUCUGA